AUAGGACAAUAUAUAUUGUAUAUGCAUAGUGUCAUGAUGUGAUAUAGUGCACGAUAGUAGACGUAAACACUUGUGGAAUGUGGAUUUUGUUGAUUAUUACUUUGUUCAAAACAAUCAAAACGCUCUGAUUUUUUAUGUUUAUCAAAUUUAAGAAAUGGUGCUUCUUUGGUGUUUUCCAUUUUCAUAUUAUAUCACGCUAUCCUAUUAAUAGCACACGAAUCUGUACGAUCUAUUGUGAUUAUUAGAAUAUUGAUUAUACUGCAAAAGUUCCAGAUCCUUUAUGUAAAGUGCACAAUCAUAAAAUUAAAGUGAAAGCAGGGAAAAGUGCCUUGUAUAUGUAUCUUUAACUCAGAUAAAAUCGAUUUUGACGGGUAUACAAGUCAAUGGCAAAAAGCAAACUACAAGUACAAUGGUCCAUCUAAAUAAUAAUUACUUGGUUGGCAUGGGAAGUAAAUUUAAGCACAACAUGAAAUUAAAAAUAAAUGCAUAUACGAAUGCUGAAUCUCGAGAAGCAGCUGUUAAUCAAAAGGAUCUCCAAGAUGUAGCACGAAAUAAAUCUGACAUUACACAUUCCAAUUUUACUCAUGGAGCAAUAAAAGUUGAAAAUCCAGAUAUUCCCUCGACGAAUACUACAUUCUUUAAAAAUAAGAUUUCGGAAAUGUCUGCUAAUGCAAAUAUUCUUUCCACUACAGAGAUUUCUUUUGGUGAAUGUUUUCUGUCUGAAACUCCUAUUUUGGAUAAUGAAAUUCCAAUCGAGAUCGAUGAAGCAGAUACGAAAUCUUUACUCUCAUCUCUCAUAGGUCAAGACAAUUCUGUUUCGACAUUUCAAAACAAAUCUUUAUCAACAGAAAAUCAAGUCAAUAAUGUUGAAGAUCCAAAUGUUAACAAAAAUCCAUAUUUUUCGGAAUCUUCAGAAAGAGUUAUCAAUUUAAGGAAGAAAAAUAUCACUGUUAAUAUCAUAGAAAACCCAAUAGCACGAGGCACUCCGAAAAGAAGAAGUCUCAGAAGUAUUCAUUCACAAUUAAAAGGUGAUAGUAAUCAUGGCAACAAUUCAUUUUAUCAAAAUCUGACUUUAAAUAUCAAAGCGGAACCGGUAGAUCAAAAUGAUAUUGGGAAUCUAAUACCAAAACCAGUUCGAUUUUCAAAUUACGACCUCACUCAUUUAGCAAUAAAAGUUGAAAACCCGGAUAUUCCAUCAACUAACACUAAAUUAUUUGAAAAUAGAAGUUCAGGUACAUCUGAUGAUCCACUAGUUCUGUCUAAUGCUGUGAUUCCUUGUGGUCAAGGUUUUUUACCCCAAUAUCCAAAUCUGGACGAAGAAAUGCAAAUCGAGAUCGAGGAAGAAGAUAACAAAUAUUUAGUCACACGCCAAGAAAGUUCUAUUUCGACAUCUCAGAACGAAUCGUCUUUAUUAACGGAAAAUCAAGUCAUUAAUGUUCAAAUUUCAGAUCUUAAAAAAAAUCCAUGUCCUCCAAAAUCUUUAAGCAAAGAUGUAAAUUUAAGCGAAAAAACUCUCAAAAGAAUGAAAACCUCUGAAAGAAGAAGCUCCCGAAAUAGAGAAUCACAAUUAAAAGGUAUUAGUAAUUCUGACGCCAAAUCAUUUGAUAAAAAGGAUAUUCACAACAUUGAUGAUUCUUCAGUAACUUUUAACUGCAAGGAUUCGGCAAAAAAUGUUCUCAGAAGUCAAGUUCCUGAUGAUAAUUUAAAAAAUAUGUGUCAUGGGUUACUAAAAGACAAUUCGGCAAAAAAUCCGGCAAGUAUUCAGGGUAUGAAAUGGAAGAUAGACCCAAGCAUAGAUGUCACAAAAAAUAAAAUCUUAGAACAGCUAGAGAAGGAUAUUAAACGGAAUCUCCAUGGAAAGAUGCCGAUUACAUGUUCAAUCUGCAAUAAAAGGUUCAAAUUCAAGACAUAUUUAAUAGCUCAUUAUCGAAGACAUACCGGUGAAAAACCGUAUGUAUGCGAAACGUGUAACAAAAGCUUCGCAUGGAAGUCUAACUUAAUACACCAUUUCCGCGUACAUACAGGAGAAAGGCCAUAUGAAUGUAAAAAGUGUAAAAAAACCUUUAUACACAAGUCUCAUUUAAAGGAACACAUACUAAAGCAUUCUGGGGAGAGAUCCUUUACAUGUGCAACAUGUGAUAAAAGUUUUAUGACAGUGUUGUGUUUAAAAAAACAUUUUCAGUCACAUUCAGAAGAGAAACCAUUUGCAUGUAAAACCUGCGGUAAAUCUUUUAAGAACAAAAAUAAUUUACUACCACAUUACCGGACACAUACAGGGGAAAAACCACAUUCCUGUAAAAUUUGUGGUAAACGAUUUGCAAUCCAGGGUAAUUUAGUCCAACAUCAUAAUCGGGCACAUUCUGGAGAGAGACGAUUUGCAUGUAAAUUAUGCGAUAAAAAAUUCAAAGUAGUUAUUGAUUUAAGGAGACAUUUGGCAAGACAUGUCCGCGAGAGAACAUUUUCAUGUACAAUGUGUGAAAAAAGCUUUAAAAGUGACAAAUGUUUAACCUGGCAUCAUCAGCGUAUACAUACUAGCGAAAAACCAUUUACCUGUGAUGUUUGUGAUAAAAAAUUUAUAGAUAAACAAUCCUUAAGAAAACAUGUGCAGCGACAUUUUCAAGAGAAAACGUUUAAGUGUUCAAAAUGUGACAAACGGUUUCAACAAAGGCAUUGCUUAAACCGACAUUUCCUAAUACAUAAUGAAAAGAAGUUAUUUGCAUGUGACAUCUGCGAAAAAAAAUUUGCAGCCAAGGAAUCAAUAAAGCCACAUUUGAUGCGGAUACACUUCAGAGAGAAAACAUUCAAAUGCCCGAAGUGUGACGAAAGCUUUGAGCUAUUGAUACAAUUGAAUAGACAUUUGAAGACACACACGAAGUUUCCAUGUCAAAAGUGCGAUAAAAUAUUUGCAACGGAAUUCAAAUUAAGAAAUCAUUUGGUACAACAUACUGGAGAGAAACCAUUUUCCUGUUCAGUGUGUAAAAAAAGAUUCGUAUCGAAACCGAAUUUAACCCAACAUAUCCGCACACAUACUGGAGAAAAACCAUUUUCAUGUGUUAAGUGUGAUAAACGGUUUGCGAGUACCUCCAAUUUAAAACUACAUUCACGUACUCAUACUGGAUUGAAACCAUAUAAGUGUUCGGAGUGUGGCAAAGGGUUUACAAAUUCAUCAAAUUUAAGUCAGCAUUUACCUAUUCAUACUGGAGAAAAAAAAUUUACAUGUUCCAUCUGUAGCUAUGGCUGUAAUCACAGUGGUAAUUUACGCCGGCAUUAUAAGAAAAUACACAAUACAAUUUUGUGAGUGUGUUUGUAAGCAAGGCGGAUUAAAAAGAAAAUACAUAUGUUUGCAAAUCGAAUCUCAAUUAUGAACAAGUCCCCUUUUCUACUUGUUAUUAUAAAAUAAAAUAAAAAGAUUUUUAAGAUAUAUUUUGAAUGUUGAGAACAUUAUCUGGAACGCAACUGAAGAAAAUAAUAUUGAUGCGAUAUUUAAUGCAUAGCAGACGUUACAAUUGUUAUAUGACUAAAAUAUUUUACUUAUGACUCAUGUUAAAAUUGGAAUGUUUAUAA